AUGAAAUGAAAAUACUAUAUUUGACUCUCUGUAGCUCAACACAACCAAGCACAAAAAUCCAAUUACAACCACCACUCUCCAUUUUCCAAUAACAAAACACUCUUCCCCAUUCCCUCUUUUUAUAUUAUUAUAUUCAUUAAUAUAAUAUAGUAUACUAUAAGACACUACCUUUCAUUUCAUUUCCAUUUUAUAAAUAUAUUCUUAUAUUUUAUCAUAUACUUACUAUAAUACAAAUUGAACUAUGAGUUUCUCUCUCAAAAUGGAACAACACUCAUUAGUUCUGCAAUUUUGGUGUAUCAGUCAUCAUCAACAUAUUACCAACAAGAUUUAAGAGGGAACAAAAAAAAAAAUAUAGCUAUAGCUUCUGCUUAUUUCUCAAGGUAGCUUUCUAAAGUUUGCUAUAGAGGUGUAUUGAAGGGUGAUUUAAUUGGCGCGCGGAUAAGUCUAUCGAGUAUGAAUUCACCAUCCGCGCAGUUUGUUUCCUCGAGAAGGAUGAGUGUGUAUGAUCCUAUUCACCAGAUUAAUAUGUGGGGAGAAGGUUUCAAAAGUAACGGAAAUUUAAGCGCAUCCAUACCGUUAAUUGAUGAGGUGGACUUGAAGUUUGAUAGUAGUCAGUCAGAAGAUGCUUCUCAUGGUAUACUCGGAACAUCUAAUAAGUAUGAUCAAGAAGCUAGUAGACCUAUUGAUAAGAUACAAAGACGGCUUGCACAAAAUCGAGAGGCUGCUCGUAAGAGCCGUCUGAGGAAAAAGGCUUAUGUGCAGCAGUUAGAAUCAAGUCGUUUGAAGUUGGUGCAGUUGGAGCAAGAGCUUGAACGCGUAAGACAGCAGGGAAUGUAUAUGAAUGGUGGAUUGGAUUCGAAUAAUAUGUGUUUUGCAGGACCUAUGAAUUCAGGAAUUGCAGCCUUUGAGAUGGAGUAUGGACAUUGGGUUGAUGAGCAAAACAGGCAAAUCUCGGAAAUGAGAAGUGCUUUAAACUCGCAUAUUAGUGACAUAGAGCUCAGGAUUCUGGUUGAUGGUAUGAUGAAUCACUAUGCUGAAAUCUAUCGGAUGAAGUCUGCGGCUGCAAAAGCCGAUGUAUUUUAUGUUAUGUCCGGCAUGUGGAAAACAACAGCUGAACGGUUUUUCUUGUGGAUCGGUGGUUUUCGUCCCUCUGAGCUUCUCAAGAUUCUUGGUCCAAUGAUUGAACCCUUGACAGAGCAGCAACGAUUGGAUAUUGAUAACCUCGGACAAUCAUGUCAACAAGCAGAAGAUGCUCUUUCACAAGGCAUGGAAAAACUCCGGCAAACACUCGCUGAUAGUGUAGCAGCUGGACAAUUCAUUGAAGGAACGUAUAUUCCGCAGAUGGCCACUGCAAUGGAGAAGUUAGAAGCUCUUGUGUGCUUUGUGAAUCAGGCUGACCAUCUUCGGCAGGAAACCUUGCAGCAAAUGUCGCGAAUACUUACAAUCCGUCAGUCAGCUCGAUGCUUACUUGCUUUAGGAGAAUAUUUCCAACGCCUAAGGGCUUUAAGCUCACUAUGGUCUAAUCGACCCCGUGAACCUGCUUAGUCUUGUAACAAGACUACAAUCAUGUAAACUUUGUAAUACGAAACGUGAUAUAUGAUGAGUAUGGUCAUUUUCAUUGACCGCAAGCGUCAAAACCAUGUACAAUGUGUGGUUUAGGCUGCUCAAAUUUUUCCUGCAGUCUUGUGUUAUGGAGAAGAUGUGAAUAUGACUGCUCAUUUUAUGCAACAUAGGAGUAUGUAAAUAAAUUAUAAUUUUGGUUUAGAAUAUGCAAUUCUGUGUGAAAGUUGGUCUUGUAAAAUGCAUAUAAUAUUAUAACUAUAAGAGUUGUGUUUUUGAAAAAUAAAUAGUCUCUCAUUGCGGA